CUCACACACCCAUUCCUUUACGUUUCAAUUUCAUGAUCUUUUUUAUGCCUUCAAUAAAGCAAAUCCAUUUUAUACCCAAACCAAGUGUAACCAACCCACUCUACUCACUAAUCCAAAACCCGAAACUCUUCUAUUAAUUUUGAGCAGCACAGGACACAGGUUACUAAAAAAAAGGGUUAAGGGCUUUUUCCAGAAAAGCUUCCAUCUUACUACUUUAUGCUAAAUACAGUGAUUACUUCCAACUAAUCAGAAUUAAUGGAAGAACACCCAGGUUUUUCAAAGAGAAGUUUUGAACUUUCCCUGUAACUGCAAAGUUUCUGUUUCAGUUUCAGCAAAAUGACAAAAGGGUGUGUGUAGUGUGAGGAGGGUUGUUCUUAUUAUGGUUAAGUACAAGGGUAGCUUUGGAUACUUUGCUUCUUGAAGAAUGCAAGUAUAUUUGUGGGGUGGAUUCCAUUUAUCUUCUUGAAGAAAGAAGGGACUUUUGGCAAUUUCAGUGAAGUGGGUAUCUGUUUUUGGGAGCAAAAAGAAGGAUGAUUCAAUUGUUGUUCUUGGUGCUUUUCGCGGAGAGUGUUAUGGCAUUCCUUUUGUUGGUGAAGAUUGGGCCAUUGAGAGAUCUUGUGAUGAAGACUCUGGAUCAGAUUAAGAUGGGGAAGGGUCCUGCUACAGUGAAAACCAUUGCUGGUACCAUGUCUGUGAUUCUCCUUUCAAGCCUUAUGAGCAUUGUCAAGAUCCAGAACAAAGGUGCUAAGCUUGGUACUAUGUCACCAAUGGAUCAAGUUCUUUGGAGGACUCACUUGCUUGAGGCUUCACUGAUGGGUUUUGCAUUAUUCCUUGGAUUCAUAAUUGAUCGUUUGCAUCAUUAUCUCCAAAAGCUUGUUAAUUUAAGGAGUAAUGUGGGAGCUUCUAAAGAAGAACUGGAAAGCCUUAAGAAAGAAAAGGUCGAGCUUAAAGAAAAGGAAGAGAACGCUUCCAAGGAGAUAAAGCAGCUGAAGGAACAAAUUUCAAGUAUUUCACAAAGUUUGAAAAAGGUGAUGGUGGAAUGUGAAGAGAAGGACAAAAGAGUUGAAACUGCUGAAGCUCAUGUUACUUCCCUCCAAAAGCAAGCUGCAGAUCUACUACUGGAAUAUGACAGGCUCUUGGAAGAUAACCAAAAUCUUCAGGCUCAAGCAAUAAGACACAAGAAUUGAGGAAAAAGUGGCAAACUAAGUUGCAUUGAACCAAGUUUUGGGGAAAAGAUACCACCAGGACCAUCAUUGAUUUUGUUCCAAGAUCAUCUUUACUAUACAAAAAAGAAAAAGAAAAGAAGAUGAGAAUGAUGAUUUUUCAGUCCUUCCUGAAAAUGCAAGACUGACCAAAAUAGCUUUGGGUUCAUGGUUACAAAUUUUGCAGUUCUUUCUGUUGAAUCUCUACCCUCCACCUCUCCCUACCUCCCCAUUCAGUUUGCCUACCAUUUUGGUGUUUAGGUCAUUGCUGAACAAGUGUCCUUUCUAAUUUUUUUUUUUUUUUUUUGGAAUUUUAACCAUUUUAAGUUUUAUUUGAAUGAAUAUAGUUUUCUAAUUCUGGAUCAUAGGCGAGACAAAUGCAUUUCAAGAAUAGAAAAUG